GGGAGGGAGGCUGUGCCCCCUGGAGGAUUGAUCAGUAACUCUUAUAGUUCUUCACUAUAAUCUCAUUUUGGGCUGCAUUCUGCUUUUGUUUUCAUUUGGGAGCCCUGCUUGGAGGCCAGCACUAACAGAAACAUGCAAGGGCAGAAGCAGAGCUGGCCGUCGGGAGGUGGGGUAGCCUGCAGGGCCUAGCUCUGUGGUGUGUGGAUUGGUGUGGCAGUUGCCCUUCCUGGCAGCAGCUCUUAGUGAUUAGGCUGGGAGGAGCCUUGGCGGAGCCUUGGCUUUAGGUUUUCUUUGGGGAAGGGUGGAUAUUAGUGCUUAAGAAAUGCCACUCCCAAGGAAACCCACCUGGAUGUUUUUCUCUGUUACUGGCCAUUUGGAGGCAGGGCCAGGCUGUGCAUAGGCUUUUGAGUUUCUCAGGUGCUUACAUGGGUCUCAAAAUGAUGAUGCAAUCAAUCUGUUUCUUGCUUGUGGGCCUGGGUCCAGCUCAGAAUGGAGAUGUGCUCCAUGGGCUUGCCUUCAGAGAAGAUAGUUAGCAGGGUUGUGGGAAGGAAUGUGUGGUGGACAGAGGUACAGGCUCCCCAAGGCUUAGAGGCUUCAGAAGCCCAUGUCAGGCAUGUGGGGCCCAGGUUCAAAGCAGGGGAUGGAGAAGGGAGGGUUAAAGCCUUCCUUCUGACAUUGAUAUGUGUGUCCCAGCCCUGGGACCUGGAGCAGUUGGCUUCGCGGGCCCGUUGGACUGUUGAAUAUUGAUGGUGUGGGUUUGGCUGAGGAGCACAGGCAGGUGUGUUUGCCAUUCUUGUGUACUCAGGACGGGUAUGAAGGGCAAGUCAGUGGCACAAUUCGAGUAGUCAAAGUGCUGCUGUUACCUGAGCAUUUGCUGUGCGCCAGAUCUUCACAUGGACAGCGUCAGUUUUCAUGGGAGUCACUUUUAGGCAUUUUAUCUCCAUUUUGCAGUUGAAGCAGUUGAUACUUAAGAUGGUGGUGUCUUUGUUCAGUGUGAAGAGCCAGGAAUUGAGUGGGGAAUGCCCUUAUGGCAGCAGGACAGUGGCACCAGGUCCCUCCUAGGUGGCUUGUCCAAGGAUCAGAGUCUAAGGCUACAUUGCUACCAAGUAGCAGAGCUGGAAUCAGCGCUACUCAGCCUCACACGUUUUACUCCCUGUGCCUCUUGAGAGCUUUGGCCUGUCACAUGUGUGCAGCUGUAGGAGCCCAGAUUGUGAGUUGGUCAAGGUCAGGGCCACACCCUGCACUUCCUGCCUUACACAGAGUAGGUGCUGGACAGACCGUUUGUGUUGUGAAAGAGUGAGUGAGUGAAUGAAAGAUACACCAUGGGGAUAGAAAAGUAAGGGGCAGGCCCCAGGGCAGUUGGCAGAUGUGAAAUGUGGUUUAAAGACUUGGCAGUAAAUCUGUGGCUAGGCCCCCCUUCUCCUUUUGUUCCCUUCUUCCUUCCUUCUUGGGAUUCAGAAGUGCUCUCUGGUCAGAGGGCUGUGGAGCAGGAGCAAAGCUGCAGGUGUGAGAAGGACCCUGCCAUGCCAGGGCAGCUUCAAGGAGCUGGUUUGCAUGGAGUCAGCAAGAGGGUGGCAGCAGUUUUGGGAUGGAAUGAGUUGAGCCUGAAGACAAAGGUCGUUGAAGUCCUUCCAGGAGAAGAAGAUCAAUGCCUGGGCUGAGCCUGCAGUUAACAUCUUAAUAGUAACCGGAGAGUUUCUGAGAGAUUAGGCUCACAUACCUCUCAGAGUCCAGGAGACAGUGAGGGAAAGCUUUUAAUUCAAAGCCCUAUCCAUCUUCCCAACUCAGGUGAGACGGGGACUAGAAAGUUGGUCUGGCUGAAGCUAAGCAAGGCCAGCCUUCCGGGUGUUGGGUGUCAGGUUCUGGAGGGGGCUGGCAGUCAUGGGUGGGGCUCAUGGAUGGUUUUAGGCUCUUCUGCCCCCUUCUUCAGUGUGCCCUUGUGGGAAGCCAGUGCAUUUCCAGGGGAGCUGCUGGAGGCUGCUUAUGGCAUGCAGAUCAAGGAAGACCCGAGGACCACAUGCACCCUGGGCGCUCUGGGUAUGGAACGCCGUGGACUCCGGGCACUGCCUGCAGACAUACUCCCUGCACACAGAGGCAGUGCGGGCCGCCCGCUGGGCUCCCUGUGGCCGGCGCAUCCUCAGCGGUGGCUUUGACUUCGCCCUGCACCUAACAGACCUUGAAACAGGAACCCAACUAUUUAGUGGUCGAAGUGACUUUAGAAUCACUACCUUGAAAUUCCAUCCAAAAGACCACAACAUUUUUUUAUGUGGAGGCUUCAGCUCUGAAAUGAAAGCUUGGGAUAUAAGGACUGGCAAGGUGAUGAGAAGCUACAAGGCGACCAUCCAGCAGACCUUGGACAUCCUGUUCCUCCGGGAAGGCUCCGAGUUCCUGAGCAGCACAGAUGCUUCCACCCGUGACUCAGCUGACCGCACCAUUAUUGCCUGGGAUUUCCGGACCUCUGCCAAAAUCUCCAACCAGAUUUUUCACGAGAGGUUCACCUGCCCCAGCCUCGCCUUACACCCGAGAGAGCCCGUGUUCCUGGCACAGACCAAUGGCAACUACCUGGCCCUUUUCUCCACUGUGUGGCCCUACCGGAUGAGCAGACGGCGGCGCUAUGAAGGGCACAAGGUGGAGGGCUACUCAGUGGGCUGUGAGUGCUCCCCAGGCGGUGACCUGCUGGUGACGGGCAGCGCCGAUGGCCGGGUCAUGAUGUACAGCUUCCGCACGGCCAGCCGGGCAUGCACACUGCAGGGGCACACGCAGGCCUGUGUCGGCACCACAUACCACCCCGUGCUGCCCUCUGUCCUCGCCACCUGCUCCUGGGGAGGGGACAUGAAGAUCUGGCACUGAGCUUUGUGUCACUGAACCUUCCCAUUGCCAGCUGGGCUCUGGGACUCCCCUCUUCCUCAAGGGUGUAUGAGAGGAAUGAGCACAGAGGUUGGCUGUGGGUCCUGGGUACCACCCUCUGAGCCUCAGUUUCCUCAUCUGUAAAGUGGGGACAAAAGUCUGUUUGCCUCAGGAGUGUGAGGACUACAAUAGUGAAAGUGCCUGGCAGGCGGCCGGCGAUGCCUAAUAAACGUGUGUUUUGCUAUUUGUUAAGUGUUUUCA